GCCCUUCUCAUCCUCAAUUCUGCCCUUCUGCUCAUACCCUUCCUCUGCAAUUCGCUCCCCCUCUUCUAGCUGUUCCUUCGUGAAGCGCACAUUGAAUUCUUUCUCAGACCGUUGGAAGGACUUUGUCAUCAGAUGACGUCGAUGGUGUCCACAAUGGCUCUUCUGCUCAUUGCUGCAGUAAUCAUGAUCCUCAUGGCCUGCGGCCAUACCUUCGGUGAUGGUGGCAUGCUCGUGGCAGCAUUGGAUGCCCAAGCUUCCCAAGAAAAUGGUGCUGCCGCUGCAUCCUCAUCAACUGUCAUAGCAGCUUCUUCAUCGGACCUCAGCUUCUCCGGAAGGCUCUGGCAUAGGCGGACUUCCGCCGGAGUAGAGGAACCUGGGCCCAAUCAUUGGGACGGAAGGUUGGCGACGGUGGACGAGCAGGGAAAAUUGCAUCUUACGAUCUGCAGGAAUGCACAGGGAGGGUGGUCAUGCACUGAGGUUCUCCUUGCAUCGUCUUUGGGUUACGGCACUUAUACGGUGCAGGUAUCAUCUCCCAUAAACGGCCUGCACAAGAAUGUGAUGCUCGGGCUUUUCACCUACGCGGAUGACGCACAAAGCGAGCUGUCCAACACCCAUCGCGAGUUCGACGUGGAUGUGGCCAAGUGGGGCGUUGCCAGCGAAGCCACCAACAUCCAGUAUGCCAUCCAGCCGUACCAGCUGCCGGGCCAACGCCUCUGCUUCACUGUCGCCGGGCAGGACUCCACAAUCCAUGCAAUGACCUGGUCGCCCAGCUCUGUGUCCUGGACCAGCACCUCCUCCUCUUCGGGGGUGGUUCUCGAGACCUGGUCCUUCGGAAGCUCGCCCGAAGUGGGCGCCGUGCCAUCACCGGGCGGCGAGGUGUUCCACAUCAACCUCUGGCUGUUCGGAGCCAGCCUGCCGGAAGACCGCACCGAUGUGGAGGUUGUCAUUCACGACUUCUCCUUCACACCUCUCAAGGCACCGGGUCGGAAGCUUUUUUCACACCAACGCUAUCCCCGGCAUCAUCGCCCGCGCUCAUCAUCAUCGCCAUGAUUCAGUAUCAUUAUGAGGGGUUGCAUUGUGUAUUUCCUAUUUGUUGCGCAUGUGUUCAUCUGAGGACAGUUAAGAACAG